AUGCCAAAAACUGAGGCUAAACUUUUAGAUGCAUUCACUCUGUUUUGCGAGCUCCAUGAAACGCAGGACGUUCAUCUUCAAGAUCUCAAACAACUAUUCCAAGAGAAUUUACAUAUUAACAAGAAAUUGAUUCAGUUCAUAAACUUGGAUGAGUUUAGGUUGGAAGCAAGCGGGAAUCAAGAUCUAGUGGAUUUUGAAAAGUACCUUUAUAACUCUGCCCUUCUAUUGAACUUAAGCCAGCGACUGGAGAUUAUAGAUUUCUACUGGGAGUUGGUGCUCGCAAAUAUAAAAGGGAAGGGAGAAUUGACACCAGCUGAAAGGAAAAGUGCUUAUCAGCAAACUCUAGACUUAAAAGAUAUCGAACAACUAUCAAAGAACCUAAAACAAGCUAUCCCGAUGGACAUCCUCAUGAACAUGAUCACCUUGUGUAAUGAAGGAGAAAGAGUAUACCUCAACUACAUGGAUUUUGCGCUCAUACUUGGCAGAGUAGGAGAACUCGGAGAGUCUUAA